GUCCCCGGGCCUCCGCGAGAGAGAGGCGCGCGCGCCCCCGUGGGCCCCGGCGGGAGAAGAGUCGGCGGCCGGAGCCGUCACCCCGGGCGGGGACCGUGCGCAGGCGAGGACGCGCGGCGGCCCGGCCGAGGGAGGGAGCGAGCGAGCGGGCGGGCGGGCGAGCGGGCGAGCGAGAGCGUGGGGCCGGAGUAGCCGCUGGCGCCCGAGGGGCCGAGCGAGGUCGUGAACCAUGGCUGUGUGGAUACAAGCUCAGCAGCUCCAAGGAGAUGCCCUUCAUCAGAUGCAAGCCUUAUAUGGCCAGCAUUUCCCCAUUGAGGUGCGGCAUUAUUUAUCCCAGUGGAUUGAAAGCCAAGCUUGGGACUCAAUAGAUCUUGAUAAUCCACAGGAGAAUAUUAAGGCCACCCAGCUCCUGGAGGGCCUGGUACAGGAGCUGCAGAAGAAGGCGGAGCACCAGGUGGGGGAAGAUGGGUUUUUGCUGAAGAUCAAGCUGGGGCAUUAUGCCACGCAGCUCCAGAACACAUAUGACCGCUGCCCCAUGGAGCUGGUCCGCUGUAUCCGGCACAUUCUGUACAAUGAACAGAGGCUGGUCCGAGAAGCCAACAAUGGCAGCUCUCCAGCUGGAAGUCUUGCGGAUGCCAUGUCCCAGAAGCACCUUCAGAUCAACCAGACCUUUGAGGAACUGCGACUGGUCACCCAGGACACAGAGAAUGAGCUGAAGAAGCUGCAGCAGACCCAAGAAUACUUCAUCAUCCAGUACCAGGAGAGCCUGAGGCUCCAAGGUGAGGCUAGGGCUGCAGGGGCCGAGGGAGCUGUUUGUGUCUUGGAGGUGUGCAGGUGGGAGAAUGAGAACACCCGCAAUGAUUACAGUGGUGAGAUCUUGAACAACUGCUGUGUCAUGGAGUAUCACCAGGCCACGGGCACCCUCAGCGCCCACUUCAGAAACAUGUCCCUGAAACGAAUUAAGAGGUCUGAUCGCCGUGGAGCAGAGUCCGUGACAGAAGAAAAAUUCACAAUCCUGUUUGAAUCACAGUUUAGUGUUGGUGGAAAUGAGCUGGUUUUUCAAGUUAAGACCCUGUCACUCCCWGUGGUGGUGAUUGUGCACGGCAGCCAGGACAACAACGCAACAGCUACCGUCCUCUGGGACAAUGCUUUUGCAGAGCCUGGCAGGGUGCCAUUUGCCGUGCCUGACAAAGUGCUGUGGCCACAGCUGUGUGAAGCUCUCAACAUGAAAUUCAAGGCCGAAGUGCAGAGCAACCGAGGCCUGACCAAGGAGAACCUCGUGUUCCUGGCACAGAAAUUAUUCAACAGCAGCAGCGCCCACCUCGAGGACUACAACAGCAUGUCUGUGUCCUGGUCCCAGUUCAACAGGGAGAAUUUGCCAGGACGGAAUUAUACUUUUUGGCAAUGGUUUGACGGUGUGAUGGAAGUGUUAAAAAAACAUCUCAAGCCUCAUUGGAAUGAUGGGGCCAUUUUGGGUUUUGUGAACAAGCAACAGGCCCAUGACCUACUCAUUAACAAGCCUGAUGGAACCUUCCUACUGAGAUUCAGCGACUCAGAAAUUGGCGGCAUCACCAUUGCUUGGAAGUUUGAUUCUCAGGAAAGAAUGUUUUGGAAUCUGAUGCCUUUUACCACCAGAGACUUCUCCAUCCGGUCUCUGGCCGACCGUCUAGGGGACUUGAAUUACCUUAUAUACGUGUUUCCUGAUCGGCCAAAAGAUGAAGUGUACUCCAAAUAUUACACACCAGUUCCAUGCGAGCCUGCCACUGGUAACAAUGUCAGCUGCCACUUGGCCCCCUGGCAGCUGAGGCCGUGUUCUGCUUCCCUCUGCAGGUUUGUGAACGCAAAUACAGACGCCGGGGCCAGCACCACGUACAUGGACCAGGCCCCCUCCCCGUCUGUGUGUCCCCAGGCUCACUACAAUAUGUACCCACAGAAUCCUGAUGCCGUCCUUGACACCGAUGGGGACUUCGACCUGGAAGACACAAUGGAUGUGGCCCGGCGUGUGGAAGAACUCCUAGGCCGGCCCAUGGACAGUCAGUGGAUCCCUCACGCACAGUCGUGACCCAGUCUCGCCAACUUCAGCUUCUUCAUCCUCGCCCGAGGAUUUACUCUUGUGGAUGUUUUAAUUCCAUGAACCGCUUCUCCUUGGAUACAAUACUCAUAAUGUGAAGUGUUAAUACUAGUCGUGACUUUAGUGUUUCUGUGCAUGGUGGCACCAGUGAAGGGAGUGAGUGUGUGUGUGUAUGUAUGUGUGUAUGUGUGUGUGUUUGCACGUUGUAAUGUUUCUGUCCCUUGCUGUCCAGAGUCUAGCUGCAGCAUUGAGGCCACAAUGAGGCUGUGCUUGUUU